AUGACUGUAAUAUAUAUAUAGAACAAAAUAAGAAUUUGAAUUUUCACCAAUUAUUAUCUAGUAUUUUUUAACUCAUAUUUAUUUUUUCCUCCUAGAAAUGGAAUCUGCCCUAGAUAUAAGAGGCAACAAUAAGCUUUCCAUUGCCAAGGAAACUUUAGAAACAGCAUCAAAAUUAAUACGCAGAAAAAUACCAAGAGCUGGUCAUUUAAUGACUCCAAGACAUUUGUGGAUUCAAUCAAUUCCUUCCAAAGCGUGUGAUGUUGUCUUAACAUUUACUAAAACUACAGACUACAAAAUUAUAGAAUGGGUGAAAUCACAAAUUGUUGAUGACUCUAAUGGCUUAGGUCUAUCAGUGAAUGUCCAAUACCAUUCAUCAACUGAUUCUUACUGUUUUUACUUAACAGCACCAUUUUAUGUUCUUAUGAAAGCUGCUCAAGAUGUAUAUUUACCAAAAAAAACUAUUAAUGGUGGAGGCUUAAGAGAGUUUAUACUCUCUGAAAUGAAUACAUUUGAAGGAAUCGAAGAGAGUUCUAACUUUUUUACAAUGCAAGAAAGGCAAAUGUUAAUUUUGUAUGUUUUAAAUACACGUAGAGUAAAAAGUUGUGAUUGGCUCACAGAACUAGUUGAAAGCCAACCAUUAAUUACAGAAUGUAUAUACAAUGGAAUCAUUGAACACUUAUUUCCUGUACACGAAAAUAAAACAAUUAAAUGGUUGCGUAUUAUCUGGGUGAAGUCUUUCUUUAGCUUCCAACCUUUGGAUAAAGUUUGUGAUUAUUUUGGUGUCAAGAUUGCCAUGUAUUUUGCUUGGAUUGGACAUUAUACUAAUUCUUUAAUAUAUCCUGCAAUUGCAUAUUCUGCAUUUUGGUUUGGGUUUGGAAGGAAAUUGGACCAGUGGACGGAAGGAGUGUGGUUUGUUGUGUUAGCUUUCAUGAAUGUCAUAUGGUUAACAGUGUACUUAGAGACUUGGAAACGUUACUGUGCAGAAUUGGCUUACCGAUGGGCUACACUAGACCAGAGACAUCAAUUUUUGUUACAACCACGUUUAGAAUUUAAAGGUGAAAGACGGAUUAGUCCAAUAACUGGCAAGCCAGAAGUAUGGUAUCCUAAUUGGAAACGAAGACUGUUCAGUUAUUUUGUCAGCGCUCCUAUAAUUGGCCUUUGUUUAGUUGUAGUUUUUGCUUUAACAAUAUUUCAAAUAAAAUUUCAAGAUUGGUGGGACUCCUACAUUGAAGCAAAUGAAUAUCCUGCAUAUUUGUGUUACAUUCCAAAAAUAAUGUUAGCGGUCAUCAUUGCUGUACUUGAUGAUAUUUAUAGUAUCAUUGCUAUAUGGCUAAAUGAUUGUGAAAACUAUAGGCUAGACACUGAAUAUGAAAACCAGCUGAUCAUUAAAGUUACACUGUUUCAAUUUGUCAACUCGUUCUUGUCUCUCUUCUAUAUUGCUUUCUAUUUACAAGAUCAGGAAAGACUUCGAACGCAAUUGGCCGUUCUUCUGAUAACCAGACAAUUGAUGCGCAAUAUCAAAGAGUCAGCACUUCCAUACUUGCUGGAGCAAAUCCGUUUCGCCAAGAUUAGUUUCGACCUAUUUGGUGCAUUGACGCCGUCUGAUGGACCUGUCAAAUCAAAUGGCGAACGCAUUGUUUCCCAGCCAGAACUUGAAUGUUCUAUGUUUAAAUUUGAAGGUACAUUCUCCGAACACUUGGAGAUUUUCAUCCAGUUUGGCUAUGUAGUAAUGUUUUCGUCUGCUUUUCCACUUGCUGCAUUGUGUGCGUUCCUCAACAAUCUCAUCGAAAUUCGCAGUGAUGCGUUCAAACUAUGCUAUGUUUACCAAAGACCAUUUGGUCAACGGAUUAAGGAUAUUGGAAUGUGGCAGAAUAUCAUGGAAGUUAUGGGAUUUAUUGCCGUGUUAGUUAACUGCGCAUUGAUUGGCCUUAGUGGUCAAGUACACCGUUUACUACCCGACAUGACCGCCAUUCAAACAGUUUUGUUAAUUGUCGCUCUCGAACAUAUAAUGUUGGCGUUCCGGUGUGCACUGAGCUGUCUGAUCCCAGACAUACCCCAGUGGAUAGCUACUGAGAUGGCUAAGGCCGAAUAUAUCAGACGAGAAGCAGCUUCCAGGUCUCCGUAAGAACAGAAAAUUGAUUGUCAUAGUUCACACAUCUACAAUUAAUGAUGUCUCAGCACUUCAUUAGACAAGGCUUCACUGGAUUUUAUUUUUUACUAUCAAUUUUUUUCUUGUUUUUCGAUAAAAAAUUAUUCGACUUUCUUUAAUGAAAUCUCUUUUUUUAAUACACGCACAAAACUACCUAUGGAAUAAAAACGUAGGAAUUCUUUCAACUUAAUUUUUUUUGUGUCUCACUCAAAUUAUUAGCUAAUAACUACAUUAAAGACCUUUAUGACUUGCUUUUUUUAAAUUUAUGCAUAUUAUCAGGGUCAAAUAAAUAUUUUAGUAGCUUCGGUUUUUUGACAGUUAUCUACAGUUAUAUUAUACAUUUUAGUUAUACACAGUUAUACUUGUUAUGCUAACAAUUUUUAUUCAAUGAUAAAUUCUUAAGAUACAGGUACAUAAGUGUGAAACUAUUUUGUUUGAAUUAUUUUAAAAAUAAAAUAAUAAUUUAUAAGGGUUCCUGGCAA